UCCUGCCCCGACCUCCCCCUCCUCCUCCACCUCCACCUCCACCUCCACGCCACGAUCGAAACCCUAGAUCCGGGAUCGGAGGGGGGCGCGAGGUGGGAGGGAUGAGUUCCCAACCCGGCUACGUCACGCUCCCGAUCCUCACCGUGCUCGCCGCGAUCGGGUACUUGUACUACACGACUGUGUUCGUGGUGAUCGGGGAGUGGCUGGGGAUCGCCACCGCGGCGGGGCUCGCCAACGCCGCCGCGUUCACCGCGCUCGCCGCCGCGUCCCUCGUCACCUACGCCAUGGCCGUGUUCACCGACCCCGGCCGUGUCCCCGCCUCCUUCGUCCCCGACGUCGAGGAUCCCGAUAGUCCCAUCCACGAGAUCAAGAGAAAGGGUGGAGAUUUGAGAUAUUGUCAGAAAUGUUCUCAUUAUAAGCCUCCGCGUGCACAUCACUGCCGUGUUUGCAAAAGAUGUGUUCUUAGAAUGGAUCACCACUGUAUCUGGAUAAACAAUUGUGUUGGCCAUGAAAACUACAAGAUCUUCCUCGUUUUCGUGUUUUAUGCCGUGAUUGCCUGCAUCUACUCAAUGGUCUUGCUUCUUGGAAGUGCUUCUCAAAACCUCCAAAAGGAUCAGCAGCCAAGCGGUGAUUCUUCUAGAACAUCAAUUAUUGUCUGCGGUGUUCUGCUUUGUCCGUUGACUUUGGCAUUAACAAUUCUUUUAGGAUGGCAUAUUUACCUCAUCUUGCAGAACAAGACAACAAUAGAGUACCAUGAAGGAGUGAGAGCAAUGUGGUUGGCAGAAAAAGUAGGCAACGUCUAUCGACAUCCAUAUAACCUUGGUGUCUAUGAAAACCUUGUUUCAGUAUUAGGGCCAAACAUAUUCUGUUGGGUCUGCCCAAUAUCAAAGAACAUAGGCUCUGGUCUCCGGUUCCGCACUUCAUACGACAUUCCACUAUCUACUCCACCACUGUGAGGUGAUCAAAAAGCAUAUACAUGUAGAUUAGGUCAUUACUGAGGCUCGGUUCAUGGCAAUUUUUUGGAGAAUUCUCUAAUCUGCCUCCUGUGUACUGUGACAUGUGCAUUGUUCGACUCAGCCAUUAAGAAGGCCAUGAUGCAAAAGAAUGCUUAUUUAAUGGUCUAGAAAGGAAGCUUCAGCUGUAAAACACUAUUGUGACAGGGCAAGGAGCACUUCAAGUGUGAGAAACAGGGGCAAAGAGCACUUCAAGUGUGAGAAACAACUUAGAGAUGUGCCCCUUUUGGGAGUUGUAACUAAGAAGCUCUUCAAAUUCAAGCCGUUGUAGUACACAAUGUUAGGUCAGUUUUAUGAAGUCGUCUGGUGGUGUAUAAUGUGAAUGCAAAGUUAAUCGUUCCCCCUCUCUUCAUUCUUAAUUGACAAAUUAAAUCUGGGACAAAAAAGUCGACUUAUUAUCUGAUUUGAUUGAUGACAUUAUCGUACAACUUGGUUGGGUUCACCGAAAA